AAAAUAAAAUAUUUAUUUUUUGUAGUAUAUCUUUAAUUUUAAUUACAGUCUAAUCAGGAAAUUGUUUAACCUUAUUUACUGCGUUUCUGCAGCAGAAGUUAAAUUCCACGUAAACAUGGUCGACUCUUCAAUUCUUGAACCCACUUUGCAGACUAUCAAAGCCAUCGUUAUCCUGGAUAAUGAUGGUUGUCGUCUUGUAGCAAAAUAUUAUGAUAAAACUUUCACGACUGUGAAGGAACAGAAAGAUUUUGAAAAGAAUCUCUUCAACAAGACAUACCGAGCAAACGCCGAAAUUAUCAUGCUUGAAGGUUUGACCUGUGUGUAUAAAAGUAAUGUUGACCUCUACUUUUAUGUGAUUGGAAGUUCACAGGAAAACGAGUUAAUACUCGCAAGUGUACUAAAUGCUUUAUACGAUGCUGUGAACCAGAUGUUACGAAAGAAUGUCGAACGGAGAGCUCUCUUAGAAAACCUUGAUGCUGUCUUUUUAGCGAUUGAUGAAAUAUGUGAUGAUGGAAUCAUUUUAGAAGCUGACCCUUCUGCUAUCGUCCAGAGAGUGGCAAUAAAAUCAGAUGACAUUCCAUUAGGAGAACAGACAGUUGCACAGCACCUCACCAAAAAAUUGGAGGUGCAAGAUUUGGAAUUUUGGAAUUGGGGGCUAGUUGAUUUCAGUGAUCCUCAUGUUUAACUAGUACUUCUUUAU